AUGUCAGCUGUCAUAGUCGUUCAUGGUGGAGCAUGGGCAAUUCCGAAUGACCUCGCCAAGGCCUCAGUUGAUGGCGUAAAGGCAGCAGCAUGUGAAGGCUUUGCUGUUCUGCAGAAAAAAGGAACUGCACUGGAUGCUGUCGAGUCAGCCGUGCGGGCCUUGGAAGAUAACGCUGUGUUUAAUGCAGGUCAUGGAGCAACUCUGAACACAGAAGGGGAAGUGGAGAUGGAUGCCAUCAUCAUGGAUGGAAAGACACUAGCUUGUGGUGCUGUGUCGUCAGUAAAGAAUAUCGCUAACCCAGUUUCGCUGGCACGGGCAGUGAUGGAGAAGACUGAUCACGUCAUGUUGACUGACCGCGGUGCAAACCUGUUUGCAAAGACCAUUGGCGUGGAUGCUGUUUCUUCUGAAAAACUGGUGACAAAUUAUGAGAGAAAAGAAUGGGAGAAACACAAGAAUUAUGUGACAGGUGUAAAGGAAGACUUCAACGCUCGUUGGGCUCAUGAUACUGUCGGUGCUGUUGCUGUGGACUACGCUGGCAAUGUUGCCUGUGCCACAUCGACUGGGGGAAUCCGAAAUAAAAUGGUCGGCAGAGUUGGUGACUGCCCCGCUGUUGGCUGUGGAGGAUAUGCAGACAAUCUUUGUGGAGCUGUGUCUUGUACAGGCCAUGGAGAGUCCAUCCUUAAAGUCACACUGGCCAGACUCAUCCUUUCACACGUUGAACAAGGUAAAUCUGUGGAAGUGGCUUCAAAAAUAUCUCUGAAGUACAUGGGGGAACGUGUGCGUGGUGCUGGUGGGGCCAUCGUUGUUUCUCCAAUUGGUCAGUGGGCAUCAACUUUCACCACAGAGCGAAUGGCUUGGGCCGCCGUGGAAAAGAAUGUUCUCUACUACGGAUUAGAGCCAAAUGAAAGACGGAUGGAACGUUUGUCCUGA